CGCAGGUGCAAGGUGCUAGGAGCAAGGGUCGCACCGCCAAUGCCGCUGGCCAUCACGGCCGCCCCUGCCCACGAAGACGGCGAACGCGUCCGGUCCGAGUCCGAGUCGGGCACCACUCGUCGCAGACCGCCCGCACCAUGGCUGCCAAGAUCGAGUCCAUGCUGCAGGACUGCAUGUCGUCUAUCCUAGCCAACGACGAUGUCAACACCACCGACCUCUACCCGACCAUCAUCGAGCUCAUCAUGGAAGACGUCAGCGAAGAGGUCCCCGAAGACGCAGAGUCACUCGCCGAGGUCGUCCGCACCGUCCUGGUCGAUGAUUUCGAGGCCGAGAUUGACGACAAGGCCUUCCAGCGGUUUGUGAACAAGGUGUUCCCGUCGGCAGCGGCGGCCAAGGCAACGACGUCGCGAACGGCGGCUGCGCGGCAGAAGAAGCUCGAGGCCGCGGCGCGCAAGGCCGAGCGCCAACAGUUGGAGGCCGACAUCCUGGCGUCGGAAGGCAAGGGCAAGGCUGGCGCCGACUCGGACGACGAGUCGGAUACCGGGCUCAACAUGGGCGAAGACAUCAUCAUCGACUCGUUCAACAUCUUUAUGGGCGGCGCGCAGCUCUACCGCGAGGCGUCGAUCACGCUCGCCAAGGGCAACCGCUACGGCCUGGUCGGCCCCAACGGGUCCGGCAAGACCACGCUGCUCAACCACAUUGCCCGCCGCGAGGGCGACUUCCGCAUCCCGUCGUACAUCGACACCAUGCUUGUGGAGCAGGAAAUCGAGUUCAACGAGCUCUCGGCCCUCGAGUUUGUCAUUCGCUCUGACAAGCGCCGCCUCAAGUACCUGACCAAGAAGGAGGAGCUCGAAGCCAAGCUAGAGACCAUGGGCGACGGCCGUGCCGCGGACGCCCUCUCCUCGGAGCUCAACAAGGUGUACGAGAAGCUGCAGGACAUGGGCUCUGACUCGGCCGAAGCCCGCGCCUCCGCCAUCCUCUCCGGUCUCCAGUUUACCGAGGAGAUGAAGGCUGCAGCGACGACCUCGUUCUCUGGAGGCUGGCGCAUGCGCAUCUCGCUCGCCCGUGCGCUCUUUAUCGAGCCGCGCCUCCUGCUCCUUGACGAGCCGACGAACCACCUCGAUCUGCACGCUGUCAUCUGGCUCGAGUCGUACCUGCAGACCUACCCGCACACGCUGCUUGUUGUCUCGCACGACCGCGACUUUCUCGCUCAGGUCACCACCCACACGUACCAUGUGUGGAAUCAGGGCCUCACCCUGUACAAGGGCAACUACGACCUGUUUGAGGUCCGCUUCCAGGCCUUUGUCGACGAGUACAACGCAAGCAUCGUGGCCAAGGACAAGCGCAUUGCCCGCGAGAAAAAGUCCGGCAAGUACGUGCCGCAAGAGGGCGACAAGGCGAAGAUCAUCCGCUUCAAGCCCAUCAAGCUCCAGUUUGACGAGCCGACCCAGCUCUCCAUGCCGCUGGUCUCGGUCUCCAACGUCUCCUUUGGCUACCCGGGGUGCGACACGCUGUUCGAGGACGUCUCGUUUGGCAUUUCCAUGUCGUCGCGCAUUGCCCUUGUCGGCCCGAACGGAACCGGCAAGUCGACGCUGCUCAAGCUCAUCACCGGCGAGCUCGAGCCACGCCAGGGCGAGGUUAUGCUCGCGCGCAAGCUCCGCAUCGGCCUCUUCUCGCAGCACUUUGUCGACCAGCUCGACAUGAACGCUAACCCGAUCCAGUACCUCGCCGCCAAGUUCCCCGAAAAGAACGAGCAGAAGAUCCGGCAGUACCUCGGCAUGUACGGCCUCAAGUCGGCCCAGCACAAGCAGGUCAUCUCCACUCUUUCUGGUGGCCAGAAGUCGCGUGUCGCCUUUGUCGAGCUCUCCUUCUCCAACCCGCACAUCAUCAUCCUCGACGAGCCAACCAACAACCUCGACCUCGAAACCACCGACGCCCUCACCGCCGCGCUCUCCCAGUUCAAGGGAGGCGUCGUCCUCGUCACCCAUUCGCCGUCGCUCAUCUCGGGCGCCUGUAAUGAGGUCUGGAUUUGCGACCACGAGAAGAAGGUCAACACAUACCCGGGCACCUUUGACGAGUACCGUGAGGAUCUCAUCCACGAGAUGCGCGAGCUGCUCCGCGAGAUGGACGAGGAGCGCGCCAACAAGUCGCGCGGCGGCAAGGGCAAGGGUAAGGGCAAGGGUAAGGGCAAGGGUAAGGGGGGCAAGGGCAAGGCCAACGCUGAGGAGCCUGCCGGUGGCCCGUCUGACGUCGACCCCGAUGUCGAGGACAAGUACGGCGACGUAGUCGGUGCCGCUCGCCUCUGGACCAACCCCUCAAUCGAGGCCUUUGCCGUCCUCCACCGCACCCUGCCGGACCUGCUCAAGCGCCCGGGCAUGGUCAAGUUUGAGCCGUUUGUGGCUUCGCCUGAAGUCGAGCUCGCCCAGGUCUUUGCCGCCCUCGACGACGCCUUUGCCUAUGCCAACAUCACCCUCGCCUUUAUGAAGGAGGCGCCGGCCAAGAAGAAGAAGCGCCGCAAGAAGAAGGGCUCGUCGGCGACCGCUGACAAGGCCGACGAGCCGGCACCGACGCCGUCGUGGGCCGUCAACGCUUUUGUCCAGGUCCCGGCCCUCGAGUGGUUCUACAAGGUCAACCCCAAGGCCAAGGCCGUCCUCAAGUACCUCGACAAGAUCCUGGGCUCGUUCUUCUCGCUCGACCCGGUCCGCGUCGCCAAGGCCGCCUUUGUCAACGAGGCCAUCCUCUCCAAGCUCUCCAAGGCCGUCACCAUCUGCGCCUCGGACAUCUCGGGCACCGAGUGCGCCGACUUUACCGUCGAGCCUGACGGCUGCAUCUCGCAGCCGGCGUGCAGUGCCAAGCACGUCCGCGGCCACGAGGGCCUCGCCGUCUCGCGUCUCUGCACCGCAAACAUGGUUGCCGAGUCUGGCUGCUCCGCCCGCGGCUGCAAGCACUCGCACGCCCUCAAGGGUGGCCUCCGCCGCGGUGACUGGUACGUCAACUCGACAAACACCGACGUGGUGUCGGGUGAUGGCUGGGCCGUCACCUGUGAGGCCGGUAACGUCCCCGGCCAGCGCCUCAAGCAGGUUUCCCUCACCGUGGGCGACGGCUCCGUCCCGGCCCGCGACCUCCUCGCCCUUCCCGCCACCAAGGACGCCAUCGCUGCCGCCAUCGACGCCCUUGGCCUGCCCUUUGCCACCGUCUGGGUCGAGUCGUCCACCUCUUCCAACUUUAUCGUUGUUCCCGACACCCCCGACUGGGACGACCUUGUCGCCCGCUUCCCCUCGCUCGCCCACCUCGGCGCCCCGCGCCACGAGCACGAGCUGUGGGAGGCUGUCUCGCUUGCACGCUCGCCCAUCGUCUCGCAGCUCCUGCUCGGUGACGAUGAGGAGUAAAACCGCCCCAUGCAG